AUGCGGUCUUUGCUUCCUACGGCAGUGACUUCGCUUCUACAAGUCUGCUUCGCAGCAGAUGCCGCAGAUUGGCGGUCUAGAUCUAUCUAUCAGGUCCUUACGGAUCGCUUCUCAUGGACAGAUGGCAGCACAACGGCGCCUUGCGAUGUUGCGAACAACAUGUACUGCGGCGGCACCUGGAAAGGCCUCGAGAACAAGCUCGAAUACAUCAAGAACAUGGGCUUCACAGCUGUGUGGAUAUCGCCCAUCACGGAACAAGUGGCUAAUGCCUACCACGGCUACUACCAGACCGACCUCUACUUAGUGAAUUCAAGAUUCGGUACCGCAGAGGAUCUCAAGUCCCUAGCAUCAACGCUGCAUUCGAAGGGCAUGUACCUCAUGGUCGACAUCGUGCCCAAUCACAUGGCUUUCCCCGGAUGCCCCGACAAAGUCGACUACGGUCACUUGGGAACCUUCAACCAUCCCGAUCACUUCCACAGCUACUGUCCAAUGCACAAUAUGGAGAACCAGACCGAGGUCGAGGAUUGCUGGCUUGGUGACUGCAGUAUGACGUUGCCGGACAUCAAGACUGAGAACACGCAAGUGGCGGGCGAAAUGAACACGUGGGUCAAGACGCUGGUAUCAGACUACAGCAUCGAUGGGCUGCGCAUCGACAGCGUCAAGAAUGUGAACAAGGACUUCUUCCCGCCUUUCUGCCAGAGUGCGGGUGUCUUCUGCAUGGGCGAGGUGUCAGAGGGAGAGGCGAACUACACGUAUCCGUACCAGUCGUACAUGGAUUCAGUGCUGGACUAUCCGCUAUAUUAUGCCGUCACGCGUGUGUUCCAGCAGCAGAGCAAUAUGUCGGAUCUGGUGGUUGGGCUGGCUGCAUGCACAGAGAAUGGCGAGAUGGGGUGCAAAGAUCCAACGCUACUGGGUACCUUCUUUGAGAACCACGAUAACCCACGAUUUGCGCAUACCACCCAAGAUCUCAGCCUCGUCAAGAACGCACUGGCGUUCACGCUGUUGGGCGAUGGCAUCCCGAUCGUGUACCAAGGCCAGGAGCAGCACUACGCUGGAGGCGACGACCCUGGGUGUCGCGAGGCGCUGUGGUUAUCUGGGUUCAAUACCACAUCCCCUCUUUAUAAGCACAUUGCUCUCCUCAACAACCUCCGCAAUCACAUCGCGGCCCACAGGUCCACCUACCUCGGCUACCAGACCCGCGUCCUCGCGUAUACUGCUACGGAAUUACAGCUUCGCAAAGAUACUAUUCGCAUCAUAUUGAGCAACCAGGGCGAGAAGGCUCCGACUUGGACGCUGAAGACGCAGGGGAUGGAGUUCGAGAGCGGAAAGACAGUGGUAGAUGUGCUGAGCUGCGCGAAGUAUGGGGUAGAUGGUAACGGCGACGCUGACGUCCAGAUGGAAGCGGGUGAACCGGUUGUGCUUGUCGAUGAGAGCGCGCUGGGCGGGAGCUCAUUAUGUGGGUAUUAG